UUGGUAGAAAUGUUUAAUGUACACGUUGAAGAAGUUAUACAGGCUGGUUUGGUUCCACGCUUUGUGGAAUUCCUAACAUGGGAUGACUUUCCUCAGCUUCAGUUUGAAGCGGCUUGGGCAAUAACGAAUAUCGCAUCUGGAACAUCUGAGAACACUGAAGUGGUGAUUGAUCAUGGAGCGGUUGCAAUGCUAGUGAGACUUCUCAGCUCACCAUACGAUGUGGUCCGUGAGCAGGUAUAUGAUGUGUUGAUUGGUCAUCAUGUACCAAUGCUAUGUGGUUCUCGAAUUUUUAUGACUACUAAGAGCAUGUGAUUGCUUCUGCAAUUAGUAGAUUUAUAAGAUAAAGAAAAUGACAAAGAUCAAUAAACAGAAAGCAAAAGUUUUAAAUUUAUUGAUGACA